AAAUUAACAAAGAAAUAUUUGUGACCAGUCGUAACUAAAGUGACGGAAGUGAAAAUACUUCUACGAUACAGCAGCUCAUAUGCUAUUUGACAAGUUAUUUGUGUUCAAAUAAAUACACAAUUUCAAACAGGGAUUACUUGCAUUACCGGAACAAAACUCUUGUUUCUUACCGGAACUGACGUCAUAUUCAGUAUGGGAAAGGUAGUAUCCAAAUUAUCAGGAUCUAAAUCUAAGAAGAAUCUAUUAAUUAAAUCUGUACAUCAGCACACCGGAAGUAUUAACUGUAUUGCGACAUGUAAUAUCAGUACAAAUAUCCUUUACCCUGGAUAUAGACGCGAUCCACUAGCGGAGCCCAUAGCUAGCGGAAGUCGAUCUUCACCAGAACAGGGAAAGGAAUCGUUUGCUACCGAAAGUAAUUCUGAUUCAGAAAAUGAAAAUGAACUAUCUCAAAGCGGACGUGAUUCUACUCCAGGGAAUGAAAAAGAACCAUUUCCGAGUGGAAGAGAUUGUACUUCGAGGAAUGAAAAGGUACCCUUUGAACGAGAAAGUAGUAGUUUUUCAAGGAAUGAAAGAGUACCGUUUGAAAGUGAAAGUGACUUUAGUCCAAGAAGUGAGAAGGGGCCGUUUGAGAGCGGAAGUAGUUUUACUCAAGGGAAUGAAUAUGAACCCUUUGCCAGCGGAAGUGGCAUAUAUCCUGGUGCCGAAAAAGGAAGAGAAGCACGUGGAAGAAUAAAUGAUCCAGGUCGUAUUGUAACGCUUUUAGCGACCGGAAGUGACGAUUGCACAAUCCGUCUUUACGGUCCCGAUCCAGAUCAACAGGAUUUAAAUGAAUACACAUGUUUACACGUAUACAAAGGUCACGAGAGUUAUGUCACGUGUAUGGUAUUUUGGGACGAAUUUCUCAUCAGUGGAAGCGCUGACAGCACGAUCCGAAAAUGGGACAUCACGGAGCAGGGAGAGGACAGUUGUGUCUACACUAUACGUGGUCAUGAAGCGCUUGUCGAGCGCCUUCUGUGUACCGGAAGUCUUCUAUUUUCUACAUCUUACGACCGCACGGCGAGGUGUUGGGACUUUGCUACUGGUGAUCCUCUGCGUAUUUUUCGGGGACACAAAUUAGCUGUCCUCUGUGUCAUAUUCAUUCCAUCUGAUAGUGACUACAUUGUUGAGGAUGAUCCGGAUAGCGACAAGGACGUGCUUAUCACUGCGUCAUUGGACGGAACAGCACGCUCCUGGGACAUUCACUCGACUUACAACAUGAACAUUUUCUUGGGUCAUGCUGGAGCCAUCACUUGCAUGGCAACUGACUCAGAAGCCAAACAUUUGUUUACCGGAAGUACAGACUUUACCGUGCGCAUGUGGAACAUAUCGAAUGCGUCUCUGGUGCGAAUUUUUAGAGGACACAAGCGAUCUGUGUUAUGCUUACAAGUUGUCAACAAAAUGAUGUACACCGGAAGUUCAGAUCACACCGGAAGAGCUUGGGUAACCGAGUUUGGAGACUGUACCCGAGUGUAUAAAGGUCACAAACACACUGUGAGCGUCGUCAAGGUCAGAGACGGUCUAGUCUACACUGCCUGUGGUGACGGUAUGGCCCGUUGCUAUGACGCAAAAUCAGGAUCGCAGAAACGGGAGUUCAAUGGCAGCACGUCCUCCGUCAGCGCCUUACAGGUUGUGGAUGGGCGACUGUUCACUGGCUCGUUUGACGGCUGCCUCCGGGUCUGGGACGCUACGGGGAUCAAGGAGGAGACCACUUUUGGUAAGGAGGAACACAAGGGGAAGGAGAAGGAGAACGGACAGACAAAAGGAGGCGUCCCAGACAACCAGGUCGAUAGCAACCAGAACAACAACAAAAUUAUGAUCGAUUAAGAGGAAAAUCAUACCGUUUGAACUCAUGAACAUUGACAUAAAGUAUGCCCUCUGACUGUGCCAACAGUGACAUUUGACCCAUAGUCCCGACUUAACUGAGGUUACGGUCAGUAUGACCUCGUACCUACAUUGUAUUGUGUGUAUCCUCCACCCUAGGAGUGAAAUGAAACAAUCUAGAACGUUAUUGUCACUAUUAACUUCAACCUCCUGCCAUGGAUGGGGUAGUGGACAUUUUGUCUUUCGAUUUGGAGGGUGAUCACUUCUGAAAACACACGUCUGCUGAUUGAAGCUGAAACACAUCGGUCAAGUCUAGUGAUUGUUUGUAGUAUAGCUUAAUAUUAAAGACUGAAUUAUUUUGAUGUUUGACCGACUGUUGUCAUUAACAGUCCUGUAAUGGAUGUUGAGUGGUUUUGUUUUCGUCUUGAGAUCAUAAGAACUGUCAAUCGUCAUAUGUAAUGUUUUUCUAGUGUUAGUUUCCUGAUGGAAAGAUGUCAGAAUCCAAAGUUAAAGGUCAUCAUUGUUUAAUUUUUUUUUUUCAUUUUUUUAUCAUUUUUUUUUUUGAAAAAUGUCUAAAUAUGAUAUUUUCAUGAUAAUUUAGAUUGUCUGACCAUGAAAAGAUCAAAUACCAGUUGGUCCUCCACUAAUCUGUCUCGUAGAGAAUCAUUUUAUCAUUUCCGUUUCCGGUUCACACUGACCAGACAGGUGUUCAGGUUUCAAAAACAUGUUUAAACUUUAACUUCAUUUAUGUUGUCGUAAACAAAUAAAAGUGGGUCUUUGUUGAAACUAGAGAAAAGCUAUCAGUUAGUGACAUCAAGUGUCUACUUCGUCAUCGUGUGAGAUCACGUGAUCAUUAUUCAUCUAGUUUCUGUGCUAGCCAAUCAGGAUUGUCUUAGUAUUGCUGUCGGUUAUUGUAAUAGAUUAUAGAUUUUAGCUUUAGAGGUGCGUUUUUAUUAAAAGGUACCAUCAUGAGCGGAAAAGGAGCUGGGGCAAAGAAGACGGCGGUGUGGGGUUGGGUGAUGAAGGGGGAGGGGAUGAAGGUAGCAGAACGGGAUGGGUGAAGAAGGCAGAUAGGGAUGGGUGAAGAAGGCAGAUAGGGAUGGGUUAAGAAGGCAGAUAGGGAUGGGGGAAGAAGGCAGAUGGGUGAAGAAGGCAGAUAGGGAUGGGUGAAGAAGGCAGAUAGGGAUGGGUGAAGAAGGCAUAAAGGGAUGGGUGAAGAAGGCAGAUAGGGAUGGGUGAAGAAGGCAGAUAGGUAUGGGUGAAGAAGGCGUGAUCAGAACACUGGUAGAUUUGAUUAUUAGCAUCUCUUUGUAGCAUUUUCAUUUCAACAUUUGCAACAUUUUUCUCAUGCUUAAAGGGCGAUAAUCCAUGUCAUUUGUAGGCACAAUCAGGAACCGUUGGCACUUUCCGUAAAUGAGAAACUUGUGCGGAAAGUGCCAACGGUUCCCGAUUGUUGUAGGCAGUGCUAACUUGGGAUUAAGAUAGCAUGUUGAUUACCAAUUUGCUGGGUAUUUAUAUUUGGGCACGUGACAACCAAUGACAUCAUUAUCCAGAAUGCAUAACAAUUCCUUGACACAUUUAGUUUGAAGAUGAUAAUGUUCAUGUUUAAUGACAUCGAACUUGCUAACCAAAUGACUUGUAACUCAAUCCUCUCGUUGCUUUUGCGAGAUUACGCGGAGAUUCUCAAAAGGGAAGCAGGAUUUCAUGGGCGAGUGUUACUAAGCAGCCUGCAAACUUCAUAUCACACAAGGGCAGACAACCCAAAGUCUGUCCAUAAUUAGGGGAAAUAUUUCAAAAAAAAACAUGGCAGGAGAUACUUAAUUACCAGUGCCCGGUUGGGGGAUGGGGGGGGGGGGAUACAUUGCUGUUUCA